AUGAACUCCCUCCUGCAGUCAUUGUUCUACACGCCGGAGUUCCGGCUUGCCGUGUAUGGUUUCGAAUACGACCCCAAUCUCCAUGGAGAAGCAAGCAGAUGCAUCCCACUCCAGCUCCAGAAGCUGUUUGCUGAACUUCAGAUGUCUGUUGCUGGUGCUGCAUCCACCAAGGACUUGACGACGGCAUGUGGCUUCACAGGUCGGGAUGCGAUGCAGCAACACGAUGUUCAGGAGCUUUGUCGGGUUCUCUUUGACGCGUUGGAGAGGUCCUCGUCCCUUCUGGCCGAUGCGAUUCGCGGGUUGUAUGCUGGAAAGUCGACAUCCUACAUCAAGUGCAGAGAGGAGAUCAACGGCAAGGUUUACCAGAGUGCGCGCACAGAGAAGUACAUGGAUCUUCAGGUGCCUAUCCAGGACUGCAGCAGUCUGGAGGAAGCGUUGCGCAAACUGGUGGAACCCGAGGUCAUGGAAGGAGACAACCAGUGGCUGUGCGAGGAGCUCGGCAAAAAGGUGGAUGCUCUGAAAGGCUUGACCAUAGAGAGUUUGCCGAAGAUACUUUGCAUACAGCUGCUCCGCUUCGUCUUCGAUGUGGCGACCAUGCGGCGCAAGAAGCUUUCAGAAGUCGUCGCGCUGCCUUUGAUUCUAGACCUGGCCUUUCUUUCUGACGGCGGCGGGCCUUCUUUUUAUCAGUUGGCGGCGGUUUGCUUGCAUAGCGGGACUGCCCAUGGAGGCCACUACCACGCGUUUGCUUGGGAUCCAUGCAGCGGUGCUUGGAGGGAUGCCAACGACACCCGCGUGCAAGUGCUCAGUGCCAAGCAGUGUUCGGCGCUCUUCGGGUCUAGCGACGACGCACAGCCACAGGCGCUACACUCAGCCGAUGCCUACUUCCUCCUGUACCGGCGGGUUUCCCAGACCGAAGUGCCCAGUGUCCAGGAUGCUGCUAUCCCACAGUGCCUCCGCGAUGCCCUGCUGUCAGAAAACGAGCGCCUGAGCCGACUACAGCGAGCCUAUGACCUGCACCGCAAGCUGCUGGAGGUGAACCGGAUCGCAUUGGAGGGACUUUGCUUGGUCGUGUUGUGUGCUGCUUCCUGA